ACCUCACAAAAGAAACAUCUCUUUGGGUCUCACGUUCUCAUUUGCUCGAGAAUCAUUGUCUAUUUUUUAACACGAGGCUAAAUAAGUAGCUAUAUUCGCUUGCCAUGGAUCAACCACCACCUUACCAGCCAGAGUUUGUCCCAAUGAAAGGAAAUAAGUACAUGCGUCUUGAAGACACUCACGGAGCGCCCAAGUUCCAACAUACCGUCGUCUUGGGUCAGCCACAGCCCGUUGUACCUCAGCCCAGGGAUCACAUUAUCUGGUCACUUUGCAGCCUCUUGUACGGCAACCCAUUCUGUCUCGGAAUGUUAGCGGUGUAUUUCUCCAUAAAGUCCAGGGAUAGGAAGAUGGUUGGAGACUUGGAGGGAGCAAGAAAACACGGGAAGACUGCACGCUGCUUUAAUACUGUGACCCUGACUUUGGCAAUCCUUGGGCUGCUCUUCGUCUUCAUCACCUUUGUUAUCAUCACCACAUAAGUUUCUUCAGCACUGUGUACCAGAUCUGAUUUGCUCUUCUUUAGUUUUGUGUUUUAAGGAUGCAAGAUUAUUCUUUUGAAGUUCCAUUCAAAUGUAAUGUUUUAUAAAUAAAUGAAACAUUUUUGU